AUCAUUUACAAAAAUACUAACAAAGACUAAGUGCAUGGCUUGUAAACAACAUAUAAAACUAAAGAAAGAUGAAAAAUAAAUAAAUAAUAAUAAGUCAUAUUUUUUUAAAGCUCAGGAAGGCGUCCAUAGUUGCCAUCUAGUCACGUUAGCAGUGUAUCCGACAAAAGAGGCCUCUGGAGGGCGUAGUCUUCGAAAUGAGGCAGUUGUUAAGCUCCUCAUUUCCACAAGUCAAAAGUUUCGAAAAGUCCUGUCCUGAAAUAGAGUGGGAUUCCCCAAGAGCUACAUCCAGUCGAAAACAUUAACUGAGAAAACUAAACAACAGCAAUAAUAUAGAUAUAUUUUACUAAUAUGGCUUGCGAAGUCUCGCAGGAUGAUCAGAUUGGAGAAGCUCUCCUAAUCAGGGUGGUAAGACAUGAGGUGAUGAGAGUGGCAGCUGAAGGAAAUGCAGCCCCACCGGCCCUUCCCGAAGAUCAACCAAUAAGCAACAGCCAGGACCAGAUGCUUGUUCAACAGUUGGCAGAGACCAUUAAAGUGAUUGGUGAUAGGCUCGAUCAGGAUCAAGCAUUUAACGACAUGAUUGAUGGUUUAGUAAAAGUGGCUGACAAAAGCAGUUUCUGGAAACUUGUGGAAAAGGUUUUCACAGAUGACCAGAUCAACUGGGGGAGAAUUAUAGUGCUGUUCUAUUCAGUCGGAAAACUGUCUGCAAAGAUGGUCCUCGCACACUUACCCAGAAUUGUGUCAGAUAUUCUGACCUUAUGUCUGGAUUACUUUAGGAGAAAUCUGUUGGAAUGGAUUCGCAAAGUGGGAGGAUGGAUCAAUAGUAUCGCUUCCUUGGCUCAUUACUCCUUUGAGCGAGAUUUUGGUUCCUCAUCCAGCCUCAUCUCCCUCUCCUCUGGGGUCCUCUUCAUCAGCGGAGUACUGCUGGGUGGCCUCAUCGUCUGGAGACUAAACAGAUGUGCUUGAGAAGGGUCAGUGGAGGAGUGAUGAAGUACAGUCAUGUGAAAAAGUUAGGACACCCUAUUGAAUUCCAUGGAUCUAGUGCUUUGGCAGGUCUUAAAAUUAGCUAAAUAAAACGUCAAAUGAACAGCAACAUGUCACAACAUGUCAUUAUUUAUUUAGCAAAAAUAAAGCCAAGAUGGAAAAACCAUGGGUGACAAAGGACACCCUAUGUUUCAAUUGCCUGUAGAUCCACUUGUAGCUGCAAUAACUUGAAGUAAUCAUUUUCUGUAUGACUUUAUCAGUCUCUCACAUCAUUCUGGAGGAAUAUUGGCUCACUCUUCUUUACAACGUUGCUUCAGUUUAUUGAGGUUUCUGGGCAUUUGUUAAUGCACAGCUCUUGCCACAGUCAGGAUGAGGUCUGGACUUGACUGGGCCAUUUCUUUUUCAGCCAUUCUGUUGUAGAUUUGCUGGUGAUCUUCAGAUCAUUGUCCAGUUGCAUGACCCAGUUUUGGCCAAGACUUAGCUGUCGGAUGGAUGGCCUCAUAUUUCACUCUAGAAAACUUUGUUAUACAGAGGAGUUCAUGGUCGACUCAAUGACUGUGAGAUGCUCAGGGCCCAUUACUACAAAACAAGCCCAAAAUCAUCACCCCUCCACCAGCAUGCUUGACUUUUGGUAUGAGGUGUUUGUUCUGGUAUGUUGUGUUUAGUUUUCACCAAACUUGGCACUGUGCAUUAUGGCCAUCUCCAGUUUGGUCUCAUCUGUCCAAAGGACUUUGUUGCAGAAGUUUUGUGGUUUGUUCAGAAGCAGCUUUGCAAUCCUAAGCCAUGUUUUGUUAGAGAGAAGAGGCUUUCUCCUGUCAAUCCUUCCAAACAUGCCAUACUUGUCCCGUUUUUUUCUAAUUGUACUGUCUUGAACUUUAUCAUUUAACAUAUUAACUGAGGCCUGUAGAGUCUGAGGUGUAGUUUUUGGGUUGUCUGCAAUUUCUCUCAGCAUUAUAUUGUCUGAUCUUGGGGUGAAUUUGCUGGGACGUCCACUCAUGGGAAGACUGGUGUCUGUUUUGAAUGUCUUCCACUUGUGAAUAAUCUUCCUCACUGUAGAAUGAUGAUGGACUUCAAAUUGUUUGGAAAUGACCUUGUAAUCUUUCUCAGAUUGAUGGCAGCAAAAAUUGCUUCUCUAAGAUCAUUGCUGAUGUCUUUCCUCCUUGGCAUUGUGUUGUGUUAAUACACACCUGAAGGCUCCAGAUGCUCAAACAGCAGAGCUUCAGCUUUUAUAGAGGUGAUCAAACCUCUUAAUUCCUAUGUUAACAGUAAGGGUAUCCUAAGUUUGUCACCCAUGGCUUUUCCAUUUUGUCUUUAUGUUUGCUAAAUAAAUAAUGACACGGUGUAAUAUGUCAAGUGUUGUUCAUCUGAGGUUUUAUUUUCCAAAUUUUAAGACCUACCAAGGACCAGAUUAUUUUUUUAUUAUGCCCUGGUACAGAAAACCAUGGAAUUCAAUAGGGUGUCCUAACUUUUUCACAUGACUGUAUAAACAAAGGAUAGAUGCAGGGAUUUACAAGGAUCGGUUUGGUGACCAAAUAUAGGACAAAAGAAUGAUUCUUAUAAGAAUAUAGACAAAGUGUGUAAAAUAUUGUAAUAUACAGUGUAUGAUCAGGCAGGAAUUAUAGACAUACUGUGAUUUUUUUUGUUUGUUUGUUUUUUGUUUUUUGUGCAUCUCUCAGGACAUGUGUGUGAGGAUGGUUAAAAGAAAGAUUUGGGAUGAGGGCCUUUUUCUUACAUUUAAGUAAGUCCAAUAUGGGACAUACAGCAACCAGCAGAACUUGAAAUAUCUUUUGAAUUGUUCACUGUAAUUUUGAGGUCACUGUUAUUAACCUCAUUACCUCAUUACCUCAUUUUCACUAGUGCAACUGUUUUAAUUCUAUGCAUUUUGUUAAAAAACACUCUUAAUAAAACAACAAAAUCUGAUCUAA